ACACCUUUUCCCCCUCCCUCGACGUUCCCCUCCCUUUCGACGACGACGACGACGACAGCAACGUCCGCCAUGUUCUUCCGUGCCGCUACCCGCUCUCUCUCCGCCCAGUCCCGCCAGUUCUCCUCCUCGGCCGCCCGCCAGUCAAAGGUCGCUGUCCUUGGCGCCGGUGGAGGAAUCGGCCAGCCCUUGUCCCUCCUCCUCAAGCUCAACCCUCUCGUCACCGAGCUUUCUCUCUACGAUAUCCGUGGCGCUCCUGGUGUUGCCGCCGAUGUCUCUCACAUAGACAGCAAGAGCGAGGUCCACGGUUACCCCGCCGACAAGCUCGACCAAGCCCUUGAGGGCACUGACGUCGUCGUCAUCCCCGCUGGCGUUCCUCGUAAGCCCGGUAUGACCCGUGACGACCUUUUCAACACCAAUGCGUCCAUCGUCCGUGACCUGGCUGCUGCCAUUGCCCGCGUCUCCCCCAAGGCCCACAUCCUCGUCAUCUCUAACCCCGUCAACUCCACCGUCCCCAUCGUCUCCGCCGUCCUCGAGAAGGCUGGUGUCUACGACCCUGCUCACGUCUUCGGCGUCACCACUCUCGACGUCGUCCGUGCCCAGCGCUUCCUCGCCGGUAUUGUUGGUGCCGACCCUAAGGAGGUCCCCGUUACUGUUGUCGGCGGUCACUCUGGUACGACCAUCGUCCCCCUCCUUUCCCAGACCCCGCACGGCAAGGGCGUUACUGGAGAGGCGUACAAGAAGCUCGUCCACCGCAUUCAGUUUGGUGGUGACGAGGUUGUCCAGGCCAAGGAGGGUGCUGGCUCCGCGACGCUUUCCAUGGCGUACGCCGGUGCGCGCUUCACUGGCGAUCUUCUCCGUGCAAUCAACGGCGAGAAGGGUGUUGUCACCCCCACCUUCGUCAAGAGCCCUCUCUUCGCUGACCAGGGCAUUGACUUCUUCUCUUCGAACGUCGAACUUGGUCCCAAUGGUGUCGAGAAGAUCCUCCCUCUGGGUCAGAUUUCCGCCGAGGAGGAGGAGUUGCUCGCUGCCAGCUUGCCCGAGCUCAAGAAGAACAUCGAGAAGGGCAAGAAGUUCGUCUCACAGUCUUAGACCAUUUAGUGGUACCAGCCUAUAGUCUUUCUACUGCCGUGCGACACCGUGCCAAAAGCGUUGUUGUACCACUAGAAUAUAAUGUUCGCGGCACUUCCGGGUUAACUACCGAGACGAGAUGCACGUUUUGUACCGUGUCCCUACACUUGCUCUUCAGAGCUCGUGCCGAACGAAGAAAAUCUAUUCACGUACGUCGAGGGGAUGAGUAUGUUACCUGUGAUUCUUGCCCUUGCCCUUGACCGUGGUGAAGCCGUCUUCGUCGACUUCGGGUUCUUCUUUGGGCGGCCGUGGCCUCUCUGACAGCUGCGGUACUUCAUCUUCCUCAUCCUCUUCGUCGCUCAUAUCCUCCCAGUCGCUGUUGUCCCCAGCCGCUUCCUCCACAUCCACUUUCUUCUCCUUCAGCUUGUCCGCCCUUUCCUCAAAUUCCUUCAGCAACUCAGUCUUGCCCACCGAGACCUCCUCCCAAAGCCUUAUGACAUCCUUCGCGACUGCCUCCGCGCUCCCGUCCUCCAAGUUGGUGUCGAAUUCAUCAGCCAUGACUUGCAAUAGGCGAUCCUCGACGUAGUCGAGAUCUGGUUUGGGAAUUUGCUCCUCGAAGUCAUCGACGAGCACGGAGGCGAGCCAGGUGCGCUUCUCGGCAGAUUCGGGGCCACCCCAGCCUUGAUCGACGGCGAUGCGAAGGGCAGGCCAGUAUGCGAGGCGUGCGAUCACGCCGCGAGCGAAGAAAACCGAGGAUUGCGGUGGGCUAGAGGAUGCCAUGUAGAUUCGUAGAUAGCUGUGGUGAUGAGAGGGAACAGAGGCUGAGCACUCUCGGCGGCAGCCUGAGCCUGCAGGGACCAUGGCCUCCAAAAAUUCGUGAGCGCUUCUCUGCGUCUGCUGUACGGGCGGGCACCUUCCCACGGCGCCCUCGCUCCUG